AUGCCAGAGGUUGCAAGAAAAAUUCAUUUUUGUGGGGAAAAACUCUCUGAGUGGAGUAAAAAUAAUUUUGGAAGCAUCAGGAAGCUGCUUGAAGAAAAAAAGAAGCUCUUAGACGUGGCAAAAUUGGAAGCAGCGAGAGGGGGAGACCAAUUAGCGGUAAAAUCCCUUCAAAUGGAAAUUAACUCUUUCCUCGACAAGGAAAGCCAAAUGUGGCAACAACGCUCCAGGGCGCUUUUUCUGAAGUGUGGUGACAGGAAUACCGCCUACUUCCAUAGUAAAGCCUCACAGCGGUUCCGAAGAAAUCGAAUUAGUGGUCUAAAAAAUAACAUGAACGUGUGGUGUACUGAGGAAUUCCAGAUUAGAAACAUUGCUUUUGAAUACUACCAAGCCCUGUUCUCUUCCUCGGCACCCUCUGAUUUUGAUGAAGUCCUUUCCAAGGUUCAACCUUCAGUGACCGAUGAGAUGAACUCUCUCUUACUUCGGCAAUUUGACAAAGAGGAAGUAGUCGUAGCUAUGAAGCAAAUGGCGCCAAUCACAGCCCUGGUACCGGACGACAUGCCCCCCUAUUCUUCCAAUCCUUCUGGAGCACUGUGGAUGUGGAUGUCUGUGUUGCCGUCCUUGACUGCUUGCAAAACUGCUGGGAGAGUAAUCACGGAUAACAUCCUUAUGGCUUUCGAAACACUUCACUACAUGAAGCAUCACCAAGCUGGCAGUUCGGGUUUCAUGGCCUUGAAGCUUGACAUGAGCAAGGCUUACGAUCGCGUCGAAUGGAAAUUUUUGGAACUUAUGAUGAAGAGAAUGGGUUUCGCAGAUAACUGGGUUGCCUUAGUGAUGGAGUAUAUCUCCACGGUCAGCUACUCAAUUCUCAUUAAUGGCGAACCCUCCUCAAUCAUACACCCAGCUAGAGGCCUCAAGCAAGGGGACCCACUCUCCCCUUUCCUGUUUCUUUUUUGUACGGAAGGCCUCCAUAGUCUUAUUCAACACGCAGUAGCCUCAAGACAUAUCAGGGGUGUCUCUAUCUGCAAGAAAGGUCCCCGGCUGACCCACCUUUUCUUCGCCAACGAUAGCCUGCUUUUUUGUAGAGUGUCUAUAGCAGAAUGUCACAAGAUUCAUGCUCUCUUAGGUAGCUAUGAAAGAGUUUCGGGGCAGCAAUUAAACAGGGCUAAAACCUCCCUCUUUUUCAACAAAUCAACCUCUCCGGACUCCAUUGCUCAGAUCACUAACUCCCUUGGGGUUCAAGAGGUCAAACAAUACGAAAAAUAUCUCAACUUGCCAACCCUAGUGGGUAGAAACAAAAAGGCCAGCCUUAUGUUCAUCAAAGAGCGAAUCUGGGCCAAGUUGCAAGGGUGGAAGGAGCAACUUCUAUCCCAAGCGGGGAGGGAGGUGUCUGUGCUUAUCAAUAAGGAAAACCAUUGCUGGAUUGAGGAUGCAGUGGAUAACAACUUCAACCCGCUUGAAGCUAGGUUGAUCAAAUCCAUUCCCUUGAGCCUCACGGAUGGAGAUGACAAAUUGUUUUGGCCGAGUAUGGUGGAUGGGGCUUAUUCGGUCAAGGCUGGCUACAGAUUUCUGGUUGACACAGAGCAAGCCCCAAUCGUUGGUCCUCUGCCUCUCUCACACCAGAAAAGCUUCUGGAAGGGACUAUGGAAGCUUAAGGUACCAAACCGAACAAAAACCUUGAUGUGGCGUGCUAUCUCCGAAGCUCUUCCAACCCGUCUCAACUUGGUUAGGAGGAAAAUCCUAAAUGACGCCAACUGUCAGCUCUGUGGUCUGGUUCAGGAGUCCUCAAUUCAUGCCCUUUGGUCAUGCCUGAAUCUGAUAGGGGUGUGGGAUCCGCACUUCAGAUUGCUUCGAGCUGAUGCGCUUGGUUGUGUGUCUUUCAUGGAGGUUUUUCAUUUGUGCUUGGUGAACGGCCAUCCAGGGGAUCUGUUCGCUAUGCUAACCUCUCAAAUCUAG